AUGCGCCAAGAGUACAACACUAUAAAUGAGUCAUUUGAUUGGUAUCCAGGUCCGUACUAUUGGAUGUAUGGUCGACGUUUUGGUUACGAUCUUUCGGUUUUCGAAAGUUGUUUGCGGGAUUAUGCCUGUGCAGUCGGUCUGCUAUUGUCACUGCCAGUUCCUAAGGACGCUGCUCCAGGUCCAGUAGGCGGUGGUCAUUCCAACCACCCAAUCUUCGAGAUUUACAGCACUGAAGAGAAUCGAGCACCAGUUACGUACGCAUCGGUCGAGGAGCUCACGAAGCACAUCAAUGAGUUGCUUCUCCCGCGACUUACACCUGAUGCUAAGCUUAUCGAUUUUUCUAACGAACCCUUAUGCUAUGUUAUGAGCGAUCUUAACAAUGGCAAUGUUAUGUUUCAUGAUGGACAAAUCUAUUUGAUCGAUCAUCUUGAUGCUGGAAUCAUGCCUUUGUCUUUUAUGACAAUUGUUGCAGACCUUGGACGUAAUGUGGAUAAGCAUCUUAUCAAGCAUCUAAAGCUUCCACAAGCCAAUCAUCAAGGGUUGACAUACGUUCGAGGUGCUUUCUGGCCUCCAUUAGACGAUGAGGAUGAGGACGAUGAAUAA